UCGUCCCUCAUUUCAGUGUCGUCGCUUAUUUUGACACACGGCGGUAUAAGUGGAUACCUAGCGUCCACUUCAGCAUCAGCAUCAUCAGUCAUGAAGCAGAGUGGGUAAGAGUGAAAGUGUCCGUGUUAGUUUUUACGGGUUGUUUAUUCUGCGCAUCUUUGAUCAUGUCGGCAGAGUGGACAGCGCGCCACGGGCAAGUGUCUGAUCUGAACAGCAAGAGAAAAGAUGAGCUCCUUGAGAUACUCACACGACAAGAAAAGUUACUUUCUAAUAAGAGAUUUAUUCAGAGCCUCCCAGAUAAGGGAAAGAAGAUUGCUGACUUUGUGGAUAAAGUACGCCUUGCUCUUGGACAUCUGGAGGAGGAGGAGAGUAAACAAGCAAGUUUAAACUCUGUCCGGGCAGAGUUUCUGGCUAAAUAUCAGCAAGCCUUUGCCAAACGAAGCAUAGAUAAGCAUUUAGACUCAAACUCAGCCAUGAGUAUCACUUCCCAUGUCAAAAACGAAGCCAAUUUCAAUAUCACUCCAGCUAACAUACAGGAAAAUGGUGGUCUCUUUGGCCAGGAGUCCAUGACAUCCCAGCCAAAGGCUGCUGCUGAAACACUAGAAGCAAUUAAUGGAAAUGCAACAUUCUUGCUGAUGAAAGACGAAGGGCUUGUGGAGGCAUUUGGGCGAGUAACACUUGCUGAAAGUGACGUUGCCUCAAAUCAAAACACCUUUAAAAACCAGCCUCCUAGUAACCCACUUCUGGGCAGUCAGCAACAGAAGAAGCCACAUUACAUAGAAGUCCUGGAGAAGAUGGAGAAAAGUGUGAAAACAAGGAAGCCCAGAUUCAAACCAAACCAGUUAACAGUAAAAUCGGGGUCUUUGUCAACUAGUGAGAGCUCUGGCAGCACCACACCAAUUACAGCAGAGGCCAGAAGACAGCGAGACAGAAAACACCUUGAUGAUAUCACAGCAGCCAGGCUUCCACCCCUACACCACAGUCCUGCCCAGAUGCUGUCAUUAGAGGAGUCAGUCGCCCUUGUGCAAGAGCAGACUAGAAAGCACCAGGAGUUACAGGCCAAGCAAGCUGCCCAGAAGUUGGCAGAUGGUCUGAGAAUCAGGAUGGAGAAUAACAACCCAGAAGAAGGCCCACUGGCAGCCUACAGAGAGGUGCAUGAUGAUGGGGCCCAGCUUUCUUCAGAGGAGGACUGAUCGUGGGGCCCUACAGGGAGGGCACUUGCUUGUUGGUAUGUUUGGCCUCUUGCCCUAGGCCAGCUCUAGGCCCAGAGCCCAUGCUUCAGGACCCUGGAGAGAGGCUUUCAGCCUGAGGACAAGAGAAGGGCUCUUCAUGAACAGCACUGACAAUGUCCUCAGAUAGAGAAUAAGAGGAAUUUCUGCCCACAAAUUUAAAUAACGGCAGGUUGAAUCGAGUUGAGUGAUUGUUUUAAGGCAAAACUUCUCAACCCUUUUUGCUUGUGGAAAUGUUUCAAUCUAACAGUAAAAGAUUAUCGCAAGCAUAUGAAGGAAAAAAAAAACCAAAACGCUGCAGUUUUAGAUUUUCAACUGAGAAAUCACAACACCUGUUGUCAUGAUUGUACGGAAUAAUAAAAUGUUAAGCUCUUAUAAGCCUUUCUUUUGAAGGUGGGGAACUUGUAUGUGUGUUAUGAUAAGUAAUUGAAUGUUUUUGUAUGACCUUUCUUAGUGUUUAUUCAAAACAAAAACCUCUGAAUUAACCUUUGUAGCUUUUGAUCGGCUCUUUGAAUUGUCACCAUCAGAUAACAGAAACUGUUUUAUAAACUAAAGGUGGAAGCACUUAAUGUUGUGCCACUUGAGAGAAACAUUUUUGAAAAAUAAUUUCUCCACCCUCUGUUUUUGUGCUGCAUUGUUUUGUUAACUGCCCCACUGGUUUAAUUUGAUACAAUGAGUGAGCCAUCGUUUGAAGGGAGGGAUGUUAUCAGUGCAGAAAGCUGUGACAUGCCUCAGAUGAUUAAUAUAUGAAAUGUGAAAUAUUGAGGCUUGAAGGAAUUAGACCAGUUGGUGGAGUACAUCUGGAUUGCAUUAGAUCAUGUUACUGCAUUGAGUAGCAAUGCAUGCUAUGAUGGCAACACAUAGACAGACGUGACAUAUGGUGAAUACUAUUUUCAAGACUAUAAACAAAGAUAAGAGGCACUCUUUAAGCUUACCACUAACCAUUUUAUUUGCUCUCUCCUAAACUCUCAGGAUACAAAUAUUUAUUUGUUUUCUUUACAUGUGAUUCAGGAACCUUUAUAUUAGAAGAAAGGGAAAAAUAGUUUGAAGGGGUAUGAGUGAGAGAACAAGAGGAAAUUAAAAUCUGUGCUGUUCUGCAGUUGAUGACCUGUGAUAACCUCUAGUAAUUGUUUCUGCCUGUUGAUGGGAACUGCUGCCUCGAACAGAAAAAAAUAAGAUCCUCACACAUCUGGCAUGUUAGAGUUUAGACACUGUGUGUGACGAAAUCCAGAGUGCCUUACACAGAUGUCCAAUGAUAAAUAUGUCAGACUUGUCUAGAAAGAAUCUCCCCUGUACUGGGAUUAAUUAAGACUACCUUGCUUACAAAGGAAAAGAUACUGUUACCAAUUAAACACUUGAUUCCUGUACUGAUCAGUGUCCGGACCUGUACAGCGAGCUUUGAGUGCAUAGAUAUGCCGAAAUUGGAAUCAUAUAUGCAUUCUGCAGCCAGUGUUUUUAAGUUGUUCUUUUUGGCUGUCGUUUUAGCUUUCCACAUACCCCCACACCCAUCGUCUCAGAUUAAUAAACCGCUUAUGGAGUCAUCUGCAAGUGGUUUUCAUCUACUACAAGUGUGAAAUCGUGCCCCAAGAGAAUGGGCAACAUUUUUGAGCAUUGAGGUGGAUGAAAGGAUUGUGUACUGUAUAUUUUCUUAAAAAUGCCCUUUACAGACUUGCCAAUAUGAAUACACAGUGUGUUCUUGAGGCAAUGAUUGAAUUAGGAAGGAUAGUGCUGUUACUUCCAGCUCACAGAACCUGAAUGGUCUUCUCUUUUUGUCUCUCAUUUUUUGUGGAAUAGAAGAAAUUAGAUAAUUGUUCUGGUCAGGCUAAAGUUUCGCUAUAGUGCAGUACAGGUUUCAUGCUCAUUUCUCAGCUUUCUUGAAUAUCCCAUAUUUUUCAAAUAUUAUUUAAAGGAGUAGUUUACCCAAAAAUAAAUUAUCUAUUCAUUUAGUCAACUUAUGCCAUCCCAGAUGUGUAUGAAUUUCUUCAGCAGAACAGAAAUGUAAAUUUUAAGAAGAAUAUUGUGAAAAACAAAAAAUUAUAGUGGUACCAUGUAUAGUGCUUGUAUCAGAUGGUAAUACCAUAUUACCUUGAUAUACACCAUGUUAAUAAAUUAUUGCAAUAUUCGUAGAUGUUGGCACUCAAAGAUAAUGCAAUGAAAACCAUAGCAUUACCAUGUCCAAUACAAAUGGUAAAGCCAAGAUGAGUAGAUGCACGAUAGAUUAAUUAAGAUAACUGCAAGCGUGAUCUGUUUAUGCACUUAUGCAUUUAAUUUUGUAUGUAUUGUAAGUCCUUUCCGAAGAGGAUCACUAAGUGUUUUGCCUUUUCAGUGUCUGUGCUCUUUAGCAGCCCAAAAAUGUUUCCUUGCUUAGACAGCAGAUGGCAGCAGCGCUUGUGUGUUUUACAUGCAUGAACAAAAACACUUUAAUGCUGACUGAGAGGAUUAAUGUCUUUUGUAUAUUUUGUCUGAAGAUAUUUUUAAUAAAAAGAUUUU